AUGAUUCACCUUCUGGACAGACUGGCGUCAAGCAACCACCGACAAAGCGCCGGUGACGCUGUGCCUGUCAGGAAAAGAAGAAGUAGCUCCCAAAGCACCCACAAACCUCCCGAGAAAUCUGGGUAUGAGUCCUCCUCCAGCUCAUCAGACGUGGAUGGCAUUACGGGCGAGUUGGACCAGAUCGGCCGCCUAACGAUGCCGUCGUGGCCGUUUAAUUUGUCCAAGGAUAAUCUACCGAACUUUUCCGGGUUCCCCUCGAUGGGCAAUUUGCCGCAACUCCCGUCGUUUGAUCUCCCCUACUUUGACCUUUCAGACGUCUCCAAGUACGUCUCGCAGUAUAUGAACACCUUGAGGAACAAAAAUGGGGGUUCUGGCGGGGAGGAAGAAGACCCUAAGCUUCUCAAUUCUGUGAAGACUGCAGUGGCCACAAAGAUACAGAUGAACAGAUUCCUUCAGGAUUUGAAAGGGGGCCAAUCGCUUCAGGCAGCAAUCGAUAGACUACAGCCUCUUACAGACCUCAUCCACGAAGUUAUCACUCUUCCGGUGGAUGAAGAGCUUGAAAAAGAGGUGGAGAAGGGCUUCGAACCCGAAGGUGUGGGAGAAAUCGUAAAUCGUGAGCAGCCGCUUCUUACUCAGCUUGUUCCACCCGAUGGAGAAGAAAUAGAUGGUCUCCUCGAUCCAACUCAUAGAACGCGCCGUGAAAGACAAAAGCAAAAAGCCAACAGGUUGUUGAGACGUGCUGGUAGUGUUCUCUCGGAUGACGGAACACAGACGGGAAGCGAUCUCGAUUUUAUGGAAGAGCUCACGCCUGAGGAAGCCAGAGCACUCACGCAUUUAGAUUCCAUUGAUGACUUUUACAAAGAGGAUCUAUUGAGACAAAAAAUCCAGAAAAUCCAAAAUCUCGCAAACCUUAGUCAGCGGUCCAAAAAUAAGUUGGUCACAAGACUCAUGAUGGGCAAUUAUUACAAGUAUAUCAACGAGAAGCUCCCAGAAAAACCAGGCUUCUCUUUGAAAAAUCUGGCCGGUCUUCAUUUGCCUGAGGAGAAAGAUGUCAAACAAGAAUUGAAGCGAGACCAGCCUGAGCCCCUGAAGGACGAAGAGUUCGCUGAUGAGGAUAUGGACGAUGUUGACGAAGAUGAAGUGGUGCUCACAAGAGAGGAUACACUCCCUUCAUAUUAUGAUGAAGAACAGGGAAUAUUGGGGUGUCCUCAUUACCAAAGAAAUUGCAAGCUUGAGUGUCCAACGUGUCUCAAGUGGUAUCCUUGCAGAUUUUGCCAUGAUCAAGAAGUGACCGAUCAUAAACUUCAGCGAAACGCUGUCAAGCAUAUUCUUUGCAUGAAAUGCAAUGCUCCUCAGGUGCCUGAGACAAGCUACUGUGUCAAUUGUGAUGCCGAAUUGGCCAAUCAUUUCUGCAGCAAGUGCAUUCUCUACGACAACGAUCCCAACAAGGAUAUCUACCACUGUGAUAAAUGUGGGAUUUGUCGGCUUGGCGUCGGAUUAGGCAAAGACUAUUUCCACUGCGAUGUAUGCAACAUUUGCUUGAGUAUUGAUUUGAAAGAACACCACAAGUGCGUCACGAAUACCACGCACUGUAAUUGUCCCAUUUGCAACGAGUACUUAUUUACAAGUGUCAGCAAAGUUGUAUUUAUGAAAUGCGGCCACCUGAUUCACCAGGCUUGCUACGAUGAGAUGGUGAAACACUCCUAUAAGUGUCCCGUGUGCAAGAAAACUGUGGUGAAUGUGGAGACGCAGUUCCGAAUUCUCGAUCAAGAGAUCCGCCAGCUGCCACUUCCCCCUCCUUACAACAUGUGGAGGUGUAUCAUCAGCUGUAACGAUUGCAAAGGUAAGAGCAGCUGUGCAUACCAUGUGUUAGGGCUCAAAUGUAAAUAUUGCCAGAGCUACAACACCAAUCAACUCAAGCUCAUCAAGCCUGAGGAGGAGAGUGACCAGGCAUCUGCGGAAGAGGACCUGGAUGGCGACAAUGACCGAAUCGCUACGAUGCGGCUCAUGCAAACAAACCUUAGCAGCAAUUUCAUCAUUGACGAGCAAACGACAGACUGUAACACGGAAUACGACGAAGACUUCAUUAGCGGAGGAGAAGAUUUGGACGAGCAUGAAGAGGGGCCAGAGGGUAAUUCAGGCAACAUUGUCAAUCUUCGGCGACUCACCAAAUCGCUACUAGGAAAAAGAGAUGUUGACGGAACGUCCAUCACAGCAGUUUUCCAACGUUUCAUCAACAAUACUAUCGCCGACCUUCCGAACGACGAGGAUGGAGAAUACGAUCAACACUCCGAUCCCGAUAUUAUAGGCGGGUUUUAG